AGAUAUUUGAUUAUUAGAGCAUUACAGAUUACUUGUAUAUAUAAUUUAGAUGAAUAUAUAUAUAACUAUAUAUUUAUAUGCAAAUAGACAAUGUAGAGGCCUCUACAACAGUAGGACUCCACAUAUACAACAGAAAAACCAAAAUCUUGAAACAUAACACAGUCAACACUAACGCAAUCACACUUGAUGGAGAAGUUCUGGAAGAUAUGGAAACUUUCACAUGCAUGGACAGCAUCAUCUAUAAACAAGGAGGAUCUGAUGAAGAUGUAAAUGCAAAGAUUGACAAAGAAAGGGUAGCAUUCCUACAAUUAAAGAACAUAUGGAACUCAAAACAAAUGUCUGAAUGCCAAUAUCAAAAUCAGAAUCUUCAAUACUAAUGUCAAUCAAUUCUGCUGUACGAAGCUAAGACGUAGAGAACAACUACAACCACCAUCAAAAAUGUACGGGUAUUUAUGAACAUUUGUCUACACAUUGUCCGCUGACUGAAUACCAUCAGCAACAACCUACUAUAAAAGAGAAGAAAUCGGAGUUGGAGGUAGAUGGGACACACAUUACGGAAAUCAUCAAGUUGCCUCGCGAGGCAAGUGCUAAUUUGGAAUCGUGAAUGGGAACGUAAAGAGGAAGAUAAAAUGAUACAUUCCUUCGGAAAUCAGAGGCAGAUAAUAAGAGCAUAAAAAUCACUUGGCAACAACUGGAGAGGGUAUCUCAUGACAGAGUAGGUUGAAGGAUCUCGGUCAGCGGCCUAUGUAAACAUGGAGUAAUAAGCGCAAGUAAGUGACUAAGUAUACAUACUUAAAAAAAUCGUUCAGUCUAAAAUCGAUUGCUUGCUAUAUCAAUUUUUCAUUGUUGUAAUAGUAUAACCAAUCUAGAACAUUGCUUUAAUUAAGCAGAGAAUAUUACUAAUAUUCCCGUGAGUCUUUAUUUGAUUUGUGUAAUGUGACUGGCAAUUCACGCUCACAUAAAUACGCACUAUGCAUUGGACUUAUAGUAUUCAAAUUUAUUUAGUUACCUGAAUGAAAUUGGCCAAUUUCAUUCAUACAAAUACGCAUUACUGUUAAAUAAUAAUACAGAGACAGAUAAAUAUUUAAAAAGUUUGAAAUACAUAUUGAUAGACUAAGGGAUGUAGUGUGAAUAGCAAAGAAAACAACUGCACCUUACUUCAUAACCCGCUAGCAUGCUCAUAAUAUUUAUACAUAAGCAACUAGUAGUUGUAUGGUGUGCACUACUUGUACGGACAGAUCUAGGUUGUAUGUAUUGUGGAUCGAGAGUAGAAUUCUUACGAACAGAAAAGAAAAAUUAAUAGAUGAGACAGGAAAAAGAAAGUAAUCAAAAUGACAACAAGAAUCAAAGAACGAUAGAGUUUAUAAAGGAAAACUUAAGAAAAAUGAGCAAUGAAUGUAUUUAAUGAAUUAUUUUCAUAUUUUACAAAUACAGAGUGUAACUAUGUGUGAUAUCGUAAUUCGGUUUAAUAUCCAAGAUUUUGUUCAGAACAGUUUCACUGUGAAAUAAAUAUUCUACAGAUACAUUUUUGAAAAUAUGGAAGAAAUUUUGAAAAGCAUAAGUUACGUAAUCGAAUCAGUUGCUAUUAGACACAAAAACAUCUUUUUAAAAAAAAUCGUUCUGUUUUUUCUUUAACUAAAAUGUAAGAAAAGUGGACAGACACACUGUAUAGUUAAAAAGUGAAGUAAAGUAGAUGUCACAGCAAAAUAGAGAGAAAAAAGUUCUUAAAGUUGUUUUUUUUUUUUCAAAAAAAAAGCAUUAGUACUUCCUUUAAGCAGUAAGAGUGCAUCACUGGGCUGUCAUUUAAACUUCUGUUAUUAAUUGCUUUGUUUUUUUGAUGUACCUUAUAUACUGGGAAUAUAAGUUUAUGAUAAAAUAUAGUUGAUUACCUAUGGUUUUUAAAUUACUUUACUCUAAAUAGAAUACGUAUUGCAUUUACGAGUUAAAGCAGAUUUUAGAUGUUUAAAAGUAGUUGGGAAAAAAUCAUGAAUCUUGGUUUCUUGGUAAGAUUUCCUGCUAACAACCCUCAAGUAUUUAAAAUUAAAACAUUGUGGACCCUAUGCCAUAUUACUUGGACUAGUGGUAACGAUGAAAUUUGCUCGACAGAAUCUGAUCUAUACUCGUAUACCAGAGAAGUAUGAGAAUGAAAACUACUUAAUGAUUCAUCAAUCCGAAAACAAUGGGUGUCUUUAAGUUUAAUGUUUCCUGUUCUUCUUAUUAUUAUACUGUUUCUCAAUUUUAUUAUUAUUGUUAGCUUUAUACAACAUUAUAUUUUUGGUACAAUACAGAAUUCUCAGCACAAAGUAUUCCACUGAGUUUCCUUUUGUUAUUUUUCGAUCGAUCCUUGGGAUAAAUAGUGAGUUACCGCCAGUUAGACGUUAACAGUUCAGGAAUCGACAUCUGAAUAAUGUGCAUUCUUUUCGAUGCAUAUUGCCAGCAACCGCGAAAUCUUUGAUUGAGCUUUUUUAUUUUUUGUACAACGCAAUAUCGUACACUUUCUACAAACGCACCUGAAUGGAUUAUGAGACUAAUAACUUGCUGAAAUAUCAAGAUGGCAGGAACAGGUAGCUCAGAUAUUCAAGCAGACCACCUUGUAUACCAUAUUACUUCCUAAAUUUAUUCAAUGAAUUCUUGGGAAUUUUUCUACUUGUUGCCAAUAAGUACACUUCAUGAUAAAAAGCUUACUGUGUACUGAAUGCUUUAUCAUUGAAAACAUAUCAAAGAACUAAUAAGUAUAGUAAACCGUAAACAUCAAAACUUUAUAAGUGUGAAUAAUUAAUUUCAUUUAUAAUGAAAAUGAUAAGUGCAAAAAAAUACACAUCUUGGUUACCUAGAAUAAUGAUUGCUAAGUGGUAUGUUUAUAUCUAAUUCGAUUUAAGUAAUUUAUUUUGAUGAACUUUCAUAACUUAUCAAUAAUUCAACUCUAAUAGAAAACAGCCAUACAUAUAUAGUUAAUGUUUGCGUUCUAUCUUUAAUUAAAACGUAGGAUAAGUUACACACACUUUUAGAAUGCUUUAAUUAUCAUGAUACCAUUAUUUAUAUAUUUAUAGUGUCUGUUUAAAUUUCUCAUUAAAAUGGCUUACAACUUCGUCCUUAAUACUAAAUUGACUAUGGUAAUAAACCUUAUACUCCCUAGCGACUAGACUGGAGAUGGGUUCUUAAGCAUUUGGUGAAAAUAUUACAAUUGAUGUAGUUUGACAAGUUAAGAAUAAGGAAAUUGUGUUCGAUUAUCCAUAACUUUGACUGAACUAUAAUUGAAGUCCUGAGUUUAAUUUCAUGCGGAACCACUUCACAAUAAAACAAGAGAUCAACCUGAUGCAAUAUACCGUUGGAAACUAGGGAAUAAUCGACAUGUGCUUAGUCCUAGUAAAUGAUUACUCAGAAAAUCCUAUCCAUGGCUCUAAUAAGAAUCGAACCCAGAACCUUCAGGUCUUGCGGUAAACGCUUAACUAUUAAAAUUACUAAGUCUGCAUCAGAUGACACAAUACUCCAAUUAAUUUGUAUAACGAUUAUUCAAUAUAAUUGGUGAUCUCACUUUGAU